AUGCGACAGCCCUCAUCCGGCAGACACGGCACCCCGCGAAAAUUAACACACGUGACGCAAAAGGGUUUUCUGCCCUACAGAGCUCAACCACUAAAACUUCGGCGGUCGGCUGGCAAUUGGAGAGGAAGUUCAUCACCAACACCUCUCAUCUCAAAGGACAAGUUCGUCGUUCACGAUGAGAGCCAAGUGGAGAAAGAAGCGCGUUCGCCGUCUCAAGCGCAAGAGAAGAAAGAUGAGGGCUCGCUCCAAAUAAACAACUCGCCACCCCUCCCCUCGGCCAUGACCAUCUUUUGAGAUGAUACCACUACAAACGAACCAUCAUUCGACGAGCACUUUCUGGAUGCGACAGCCAGCAUACGUCACCAGCGACUCAGUCUGUCUCGGCACGCACGAGACGUCUACAUUCACACUACGGAUUGGAACUAUGAGACUUGGGGUCAUGACGGAAUGAUUGGGCGCGCACCUAUGCUGCAGACCUUGAUGAGGAUUCAACGAAGAUGGACCUGACAACACGAUCGGUCGAGAUGACGCUACGAUGAGGAACGCGGUGUUUAUGGAUCAGCCGCAGGAAGCAUGAUGUGUCUUGACGCAACGC